AUGGCAUGGGAACCUGUACUCUGGAUAGUUUUCGCAAUGGUGAACCUUGCUUUGUUGGGAUUAAAUUUUUACCAGUUUCUAGGUUUUUCGGACUUGGAGGCUGAUUAUUUGAACCCCUACGAAUUAUCAUCUCGUGUCAACUAUGUGAUUGUUCUCGAGUAUUUAUUGCAAGGGGCGUUCUCCAUUCUGUUUCUUGUGACAGGGCAUUGGAUAAUGUUCCUUCUCUCAUUGCCUCCUGCUUACUAUAAUCUGAAGAAGUACUUAGCACGACAGCAUCUUAUCGACGUAACUGAAGUUUUUAGAGUACUCAAUGAUGAGAAGAAAGUUCGAAUUGUCAAGUUGAUUUUUUACAUUAUCUUCUUUGUCCUAACUAUUACCAGGCUCGCGAUAGCUGUUAUUCAAGUUGUGUUCGGUGAUGAUGAUGACGAUCCUGAGGGCUGCCGCGCCCCCUUUCUCCCCCUUCUCCCACUAGUGAUCCACAGCCCCGCCGCCCUAGUUUUCGGCUGUGUCCUGAAGCAAGAGCCCUGCCGCCUUCCCAACGCGCGCCUCACCCCGUCCAUAGGUGUGUUCUCCGGUCGCAGCCGUGAGCAGGAGAGGGCUUGUGGCGCCUCGGGCCGGGUUUUAUGUCAUCGUCGUGUCCUGCAGCCCUCUGCCUCGUUCGGGCCAUUUUUCGGUGUCUUGGCCGCAGCCCUGUUGUCUUCUCCAGGCUCGUGGUCUCCCGAUGUGCUCGUCGUCAGGUCCAGUCCCCUUAGAGUGAAGAUUAAUAUCAGUAAUGAAGGGGACGUACUUGGCGGCCGCGGGGCGGCGGUGCUUAAGAGAGGCAGAGGCAAAUGCAGAGGCGGAAAGGGGAUCGGAGGAGGUGGUGGUGGCGCGGAUUGUGAGGGCGGGGCGAGGGACGGCGCAGGGAAUGGGGCUGGCUUGGGAGAUCUGGAGAUUGGUGGAGCCGCCAUUAUUGAGACAAAAAGUCUCCAAGUCUCACUCUUAUCUCCUAUUUGUCUCUCUAAACCUUCUGGUGGCGGCGACCUUCGACCGGUGACGGGACCUUCAAGCUUUGACUCGAGUGGCGACUGGCGAGCGGCGAGACCUUCAAGGGGCAACAACAGUGUCUCCGAGCAGCGAACAACGAGUGGCUAG